AUGGAAUCAACAUACCAAGACUUGGAGGGUCAAUCGGCACAUGAUGACUCUCACGGUCGUCGCCAAUCCCAGGGCGUUUUGACCAUCGACACCUCCAAUUCCGCCAACCGCCCACAGGGGCGCCCCGCGACGGGGUUCCGUCGUCAAAAGUCGCUCGUCCGCCCAGAACGCGAACGCAUCGAUCGCAACCACCCCCAAUACUACUACAGAAACGCCACCCAGAACCUGGAUGGAUCUCAUAUCAAGGUUCAGGCAUCGACCACAGGCAACGAUCCCAACAUUGCGCCCAAUAGCUCGACGACAGCGGGUAGUGGAGGGAUCCGGCGAGGCAAGAGUGUGCUUGGGCGUGAGAUUGAGAAGCCUGGGACGAUGCGCAACAAGGCCAAAGCAGCGGCGGCGCCGAAGCGCAAGACAAUUGCAGAUAUCAAGAACCUCAAGAACCCUCUGAAGAAGGAGAAACGGGAAUGGCCUUCCAAGUGGAUCAUCUACUAUAAUGCUAUCACCUGCUGCUUCCCAGCAGCCAUCCUGAAGCGCUGUGGUAUGCACACGCAAGAGAUUCAACGGGCAUGGCGUGAAAAGAUCGCACUAGUGUCGCUGAUCGUCAUGAUGGUUCUCGGCGUCGCCUUCUUGACCUUCGGACUCCAGCAGGCGCUCUGUCAGGAUGAGCAGUCCGGAAAGUUCGUCGCCGGAUCUAGAGAGCAGGACGUCAUUGUCAACGGUAUGGGGUACUACUUCAACGCAGAGGAUAGCGGCAACGGCGAAUUCUUCUGGAAACACCCUUCACUCGACAAGGGAAUCUCGAGCGAAGAGGUCGACAUCAUGAACGCCCCCGGCUCCGCUGCCAAGGGUAUGGACGCCUCCUUCUUGUUCCAGGAGCCCGCUGGCGGAGCCUGCGACGGCUUGAUCACCCGUGCCGCCCCUGCCCUUGCCAACGACAAUCAAGCCAGCCUUUACUUCCCCUGUGUCAUGCUGAACAUGGACGGCUCCUCGCCCAUCAACCAGACCAUCGACAGGAACGACGCUGCUUGCCAUCUCCCUCAAGCCGCUCGCACCUUCUGGACUGACCUCAAGAGACGGUACAAUGCCCCCGCCUACUACACCUGGGCCAACAUCUCUAACCCUGACCGCGACUUUUUCGCCUUCGACGGUGAUGUCAUUGACGCCAAAGUCCUCAAGCACAUCAAACCCGAGUACUUGGUUGAUCCUGCCAUUGAUGCUCUCCGCAACGGAACAAUCCGCCUCCAGAGGGACCUCUCUUUCCUCUUUGUCCAGAAGAACAUGAUCAAUGUCGGUGCCUGUCUCAAGCAGAUUGCCCGUGUCGGUGCCGUGGAUUCCAAGACGAUUGGCUGCAUGACCUCCGAUGUCAUUACUUACGUCUCGCUGGUUAUUAUUCUGAGUGUCGUCUUUAUCAAGUUCUUCUUGGCAGUCUUCUUUGGCUGGUUCCUCAGCAACAAGCUCGGUGGAUUCAACAACGAGACCUACCAGGACCGGAUGAAGCGCGCGGAGCAAAUUGAGGCCUGGAGUUCAGAUAUCAACCGUCCCGCCUUUGCGAGUAACAAGCGCGCGACUUUCUUCCCCACCACAUCGCGUUUCACUCCCACGACCAACGGCAGCGGAAGCAACCUGAGCACGCCCAUGGGUGUCCCUACUGCCCGACCCAUCUCGUCCUUCAACCGCCCCGGCAGUGUCUUCAACAAGCCCUACACUCCCCCAGGAUCCCCUGGUAUCAACCCGGCUUUCCUCUCUGCCUCGAGCACCUCUCUGAAUCGCAACUCGUACUUUAACCAGACUCUGGGUCCCAACGGUACUCCUCCACCCUCGCCUCCACCUCUGCCCAACAGUAUGAGGCCCUCGAGUGUUGCAAGCUUUGGUGGCAACGGUAUCCGCAAUAUGUCCCGCCGCUCCUCGACCUCGUCCUCAACUGCAACGCAGCCCUCCAACUGCCCCAUGCCCGUCUCGCCUCAUGUCAUCUCUCAGCCUCCUAUCUCGUUCCAGCCGUUCAACUUCCCCUUGAUCCACACCAUGGCAUUGGUCACCUGUUACUCUGAGGGUAUUGAUGGACUUCGAACCACCCUGGACUCGAUUGCAACCACCGACUACCCCAACUCGCACAAGAUGAUUGUCGUUAUUUGCGACGGAAUGAUUAUCGGAGCCGGAAACAACAUGUCGACCCCCGAUAUCUGUCUGUCGAUGAUGCAGGACGACCUGGUCCCCCGCGACGAUGUCAUUGCCCACUCCUAUGUUGCUAUUGCCGACGGAACCAAGCGCCACAACAUGGCCAAGGUCUAUGCUGGAUUCUACAAGUACGACGACGAGACUGUUCCCGACAAGAAGCUCCAGAAGCGUGUCCCCAUGUGUUUGAUUGUCAAGGUCGGAGGCCCCACCGAGCAGAACAUGGCCAAGCCCGGAAACCGUGGAAAGCGUGAUUCCCAGAUUAUUCUGAUGGGUUUCUUGCAGCACGUAAUGUUUGAUGAGCGUUUGACCUCGUUCGAGUACGAGCUUUUCAACACCAUCUGGCGUCUUACUGGAGUUGCUCCCGACCGCUACGAAAUUGUUCUCAUGGUGGAUGCUGACACAAAGGUUUACCCUGACUCCCUGUCGCGUAUGAUUGCUGCGAUGGCCCACGACCACGAUAUUAUGGGUCUGUGUGGUGAGACCAAGAUUGCCAACAAGACGGACUCGUGGGUGACCAUGAUCCAGGUCUUCGAGUACUACAUUUCCCACCAUAUGUCCAAGGCCUUCGAGUCGAUGUUCGGAGGUGUCACUUGUCUGCCCGGAUGCUUCUGCAUGUAUCGUAUCAAGGCUCCCAAAGGCCCCAAUGGCUACUGGGUCCCCAUUCUGGCCAACCCCGAUAUUGUCGAGCACUACUCCGAGAACGUCGUCGAUACGCUUCACAAGAAGAAUUUGCUGCUCCUCGGUGAAGAUCGUUACCUCUCGACGCUCAUGUUGAGAACCUUCCCCAAGCGCAAGAUGAUGUUUGUCCCCCAGGCCAUCUGCAAGACCGUUGUCCCCGAUACCUUCGCGAUUCUGCUGUCCCAGCGUCGUCGCUGGAUCAACUCAACGAUUCACAACCUGAUGGAGCUGGUCCUUGUCCGCGAUCUCUGCGGUACUUUCUGUUUCUCGAUGCAGUUUGUCAUCUUCAUGGAGUUGGUCGGAACGGUCGUCUUGCCUGCUGCUAUUUCGUUCACUAUCUACCUGGUCACCAUCUCGAUCUACCGCGCCAUAUCUCACGACGAAAAGAUCCCUGAUACAACCGUUCCCCUGUUGCUUCUUGCCGCUAUUCUGGGUCUCCCUGCUGUCCUGAUUGUGAUGACCUCGCGCAAGAUGGUCUAUGUCGGCUGGAUGAUGGUCUACCUGUGCUCGAUCUUUGUCUGGAACUUUGUCUUGCCCGCCUAUGCCUACUGGCAUUUCGAUGAUUUCUCUUGGGGUCAGACCCGCCUGGUUGCCGGAGAAGUCGCCGGAGCCGAUCACGGAGGCAAAGAGGGUCAAUUCGACAGUUCACAUAUUGUGAUGAAGCGCUGGGGCGAGUGGGAGAAGGAACGUCGUCAAAAGGCCGCCAUCCUCGCUGGUCUGCCCACGCCUCAGUUCUUGGUCUCGGAUUCUGGAGAGGACUGGCAUAUGAAAGAGGAGGAGCUGUCGGACGAGAGCUCGAGCUCUCAAAGGACUGGCGAUAGCUGCCUGCCCUUUGCGAGUCGCCACUUGACGACUGGCUCGUCAGGCUCGGUUGGAACGGGGGUCUAUUCGCUUUCGGACCCGGUCUACAACCCUAUAAUUCCUGGCAUGGACUCGAUCCCGUUGAUGAGCAUGCAUGCACCAGCUCCAGGUGGGACGAUAGGACGCCAGAGGGCCUCGCAGAUGCCACAACCUCCUUCAGCGUCGGCGUUUAACAAUGGCGUUGUCGUCGUGCCGGACCGCGUCGCGCCCAGUGGUCGCCCUCCAUACUCGUCUUCGCCCAAGCCGUCCAACAACAACAGCACGGGAUACAUGCCACCACCACUGCCCCCAAGUGGACCUCGUCUGAACUCGAUCGAUACCAGGGCUCCCUCCCCAUCACCACUGUCGGCAACGAUAAUGACGUCUGACCCUACCACCGCCAACGCUCGCUCAGAGUCGCGACAGGACUCAUAA